AUGCUGCGACAAUGCUCUUACUCAGUGACGACAUGCAGCCGCGCAGCGACGGCGCUAUCUCUGCUCCGGGAGAACCGCGACCGGUUCGACCUGGUGAUAAGCGACGUGUACAUGCCCGACAUGGACGGCUUUAAGUUGCUCGAACUCAUCGGCCUCGAACUCGACCUCCCCGUUAUCAUGAUGAGCGCUAACGGCGAGACGAGCGCGGUGAUGAAGGGCAUAACGCACGGCGCGUGCGACUACCUCUUAAAGCCCGUGCGCAUCGAGGAGCUGCGCAACAUCUGGCAGCACGUCGUGCGCAAGCGCACCACUCCGCGCGACGCCGGCGCAAGGGACGCGGACGCCGCCGGCGAGUGGGACGAGGUCAAACCCGGCACGUCCGCGGCUGCUGGGGGGGACGCUGGCGGCGGCGGCGGCGGCGGCGGCGGCGGUGGUGGCGGGCGGGGCGGGAUAAACGACGGGGGUUUCGUGGAGGGGAUGGGGGGCGGAGGCGGAGGGGGAGGGGGGAGGGGAGAGGGAGGCGGGGAGGGCGGGGAUAGUGACGGGGAGGUGGGGGGUAAGCGCAAGAAGGAUGAUGCAGUGGAGGAUGCGAUGAUGCUGAAGAAGGCGCGUGUGGUGUGGUCCAUCGAGCUGCACCAGCAGUUCGUUAAUGCUGUCAACCGACUUGGAGUGGACAAGGCGGUACCGAAGCGGAUAUUGGAGAUUAUGAACGUGCAGGGACUUACUCGGGAGAAUGUGGCCUCGCAUCUGCAGAAAUACCGCCUGUACCUGAAGCGGCUAAGCGGGGUGAACCCACAGCCGCACCCAGUGGCGUCAUUCCAAGCCACAGAAGGCAGUGCGUUCGGGGGAACACUGCACGUGCAGCUACCCGGCUCACGCUCCUCCAAAACCCCUUCCAUGAGCCUCUCUGAUGCGGUUGCUGCUGCUGCCGCGGCUGCUGGUGCUGGGGGCGGGCUGGGCGGCGCUGGUGGGAUUGGGGGUCGAGGAGGAGGGGGAGGGGGAGGUGGUGGUGGUGGCGGUAGUGGGGGUCUUUUUGCAGGGCUUGGCGGGUUGGGUGGUCUAGGCGGGGGGGAUGGUGGUGGUGGUGGUGGUGGUGGAGGAGGUGGUGGGGGUGCUGCUGCUGCGGCUGCUGCAGCGGCGGCAGCAGCAGCGAUGGUCGCUGGUGGGGGUUUGGACGCGUCCACUCUAGCUACAAUCGCACAGAUUCAAGCCAUUCAGCAACAACAGCAGCAGCAGCAGCAGCAGCAACAGCAACGGAGGCAGGCAGGCGCGACAGGUGCCAGCUCCCCAUUGGCCCAUCUGGCUGCUGGAGGAGGGGGAGGGGGCGGGUUCGGGAACGCCGCCACAGCAGCAGCCAUGGCAGCAGGGUUGUUGGGGCCUGCAGCGUCGGGGAUAGGAGCAGGCCACGAGUACGGAUCAGCAGCAGGGGAAGGCGGUGGUGGUGGUGGUGGUGGUGGCGGUGCUGCUGGUGCGGGUGCGGGUGGCAUGGCCGGGAUAGCCCAAGCUCUGGGUCUUCAGAAUCUGUCUCCGUAUGAGCUGAACCUGUUACUGCAAGCUCAGCAGGAAAGCAUGGUGCGACAGAGGGGAGGAGGGGGAGGAGCAGGGGGGGGAGGCAGAGGAGGAGGGGGAGGGGGUGGGGCGGCUGGGCUUGGCGGUAUGGACUCGUAUUUGCAGGCUUUAGCAGGGCAGGUGGGAUUGAUGGGUGGUGCUGGUGGUGGAGGAGGUGGGGGGAGGGGGAGGGGGGAGGGGGAGGGGGGAGGGGGAGGGGGAGGCUCUGCUGCUUCGCCAACACACGCUGGGCUUGCAGGUCUUGCUGGUAUAGCAGGACUGGGCUCAGCGGGUCUAGCAGGGGGAGGAGGCUUGGGAGGGCUUUUAGAAAUGGCUACAGGGGGUGGGGGAGGAAUGGAGAAUGGCGGAGGAGGAGGGGGAGCAGGUCUGCAGGAAUAUGCAGCUCUUAGGGCUACUAUGGCCGCGUCGGGAUUCAAUAUGGGCGGACAAAAUAACGCGGCAGCUUUAAUGAAUUUGGGGAUCUCGCGGGGGGUUGGAGGAGCAGCAGCAGGGGGAGCGGGAGGAAUAAACAGCGGCCUUUUGGAUCCGUCAUUCAGCUCACUAGCAGGUGGGGGGGGAGGAGGUAGAGGAGGUGCAGGAGGUGCAGGAGGUGGAGUAGGAAGGGGUGGGCUGAAUGACCCUAGUCUCUACUUGGCAUCAGAGCUUACAGAGGCUGGGGCAGGAGGGAGGUCUGUGAGGGACGAGUAUGGGUUGGUGGCGCGGGGGUUGGCGUCGCAAGGGGUGGAUAAUGAACUGUUGUUGUUGCAUCAGCUUAUGGGGCAACAACAGGGAGGGAGGAAUGGGGGAAUAACGCACUAG